GUCGUUCUUCCCUGCCCCAAUCUCAGAACAUUAUUCUUCACAUAAAUCCUUUGCAAGCCGCCAAAGUGGAGAGUGUCAUUGCACAAGGGGGACCUUCUCUUUUCAGUGUAGGGGGAGGAGGUGGGGGUGCACCUCAGCACUAUCCCAAGACUACCUGCAACAGCGAGUUCCUGGGGAAAUCCUCAGGUUCCUCCGUUCAGAGAUGGGUCCCUUCUCGAAGCACUAGACGAGAGGCAAACUCCUCCACUGAGAAAGGACAAAAUGACAGAAUCUUCAGGAAAGUGAGAGGCAUACUCAAUAAGCUGACUCCUGAGAAGUUUGACAAACUAUGCCUGGAGCUCCUCAAUGUUGGCAUAGAUUCGAAGCUUGUCUUAAAAGGAAUCAUUUUGUUGAUUGUCGACAAGGCACUUGAAGAGCCAAAAUACAGCCAGUUGUACGCUCAACUAUGUCAACGCUUGUCAGAAGAUGCACCAAACUUUGAAGAACCGUCAACAGAAAAUCAAGCAACACAAAAGCAGAACACAACCUUCAGAAGGCUUCUGAUUUCCAAGCUUCAAGAUGAGUUUGAGAACCGCGCCAAAAAUGUUGAACUCUUCGACAAAAAUGACAACCCACUCACCUCGGAAGAGGAGGAGCAGCGAGCUAUUGCAAAGAUCAAGAUGCUGGGCAACAUCAAAUUCAUUGGGGAACUUGGCAAACUCAACCUUAUCCACGAGUCCAUCCUCCAUAAGUGCAUCAAAACGCUUUUGGAGAAGAAGAAGAGAGUCCAACUUAAGGAUAUGGGUGAAGAUCUGGAAUGCCUCUGUCAGAUAAUGAAAACUGUCGGACCUAAACUUGAUCAUGAAAAGGCUAGGUCUUUAAUGGAUCAGUACUUUAGCCGCAUGCGUUCCUUAACUAACAACAACGAACUGCCAGCAAGAAUCCGUUUCCUGCUGCAGAACACAGUGGAGCUGCGUGACAACAGCUGGGUCCCACGCAAAGCCUACUUUGACAACGGACCAAAAACGAUCAACCAAGUUCGUCAGGAUGCAGUGAAGGAUUUGGGUGUUUUUAUUCCACCUCCAACUGAUGCAAUGAGAAAUGAGUUCUUUGUGGACAACUCCUUCCUGCCAUCAAGGAUAAAGUAUGACAGGGAAACUCUUGGUGGGCUGGCUGACAUGUUUGGACAAAUGCCUGGAAGUGGGAUUGGUACAGGUCCAGGAGUCAUUCAGGACCAUUAUUCCCCCACCAUGGGUCGUCACCGCACAAACCCUCUCUUCAAUGGCCAUAUUGGAAAUGGCAACAGUUCACACCAGCCUCAGUUUGAAAAUGGAAAUAAACCUUACAUCAAACAAAGCCAGGCUCAGAGGUCACCGGUCUUCAACCACAAACAGAACCAAUCAGCGCAGAUGCAGUCUAAGGAUAUGGCUCCACGAUUCACCAAGAAGGGGAAGCUAAACGCUGAAGAGAUCAGUCUGAGGCCAGCUCAGUCUUUCAUCUUGAAUAAAAAGCAGGUGCCAAAGCUGCAGCCACAGAUGACUAUGAUUCCACCAAGUGCCCAAGGCUCUCCACUAGGCCAGUCACCACAACUUGGUCUGAAAACAAAUCCUCCAGUCAUUCAGGAAAAACCGAAAUCCAACAAAAAAGCACCUCCUACAAAGGAAGAGUUGUGCAAAUUGACUGAGACCAUAGUGACGGAUUAUCUGAGCAGCAAAAAUGUCAACGAUGCAGUGAACAAUGUGAAGGAACUGAAGGUUCCCAAACACUUUCUGUCUGAGAUGCUGAGCAAGAUUGUAGUCUUCUCACUCGACCGUUCAGAUGGUGAUAAGGAAGACGUCAGCACCCUGAUCCAUGCACUUUGCACAGAUGGUCUCGUAACGGGUGAAAACUUACUGCAGGCAUUCUUGAGUGUUCUGGACCAGUGUCCCAAGAUUGAGGAAGAAAUUCCACUGGUGAAGUCGUACCUGGCACAAUUUGCAGCACGUGCCAUUAUCGCUGACCUGGUCAACAUCACAGAUCUGGCUCAUCAGCUGGAAAAUGGCUCCCACUUCCCGCUGUUCCUGUUGUGCCUGCAGCAGAUGGCCAAACUGAAGGACCGGGAGUGGCUGACUGACCUCCUCCAGCAGAGCAAGAUCAACAUGCUGAAGAUGCUACCUGAAAUUGACCAAAAAGACCGAAUGCUGGAGAUCCUGGAGGGCAAGGGUUUGAGCUUAUUCCCACUGAUGAAACUCGAGAAGGAGCUGCUGAAGCAGAUCAAAGUGGAUCCCUCUCCACAGUCCAUCUAGUGGAUCAAGGACAACAUCUCUCCUAAGCUUCACACUGACAAAGGCUUCGUCAACAUCCUCAUGACAAGCUUCUUGCAGUACAUUGCAUAUGAGAUCAACCCUGAUGAUGAUGAAGAGGUGUUUGCCACACCCAGCAAAGAACAGCUGGAGGAGGAGAAACAACAGCUGCUGUCUUUCAAACCAGUGAUGCAGAAGUUUCUACAUGAUCAUAUUGACUUGCAGCUCGGAGCCCUGUAUGCCCUUCAGGUUCACUGCAAUGCCAAAGGAUUCCCCAAAGGCAUGUUACUUCGCUACUUUGUGAACUUUUAUGAUAUGGAAAUAAUUGAAGAAGAAGCCUUCCUCUCAUGGAAAGAAGAUAUUACCCAGGAGUAUCCAGGAAAGGGAAAAGCAUUAUUUCAGGUGAACCAGUGGCUGACCUGGCUUGAGACUGCAGAAGAGGAGGAGUCGGAGGAUGAAGAUUACUGAGGAACAGGGCCAAAGCCAUGCAACUUUCUUUAUUUUUAUUUUUUUCCUUAAACAUCCUUUGUCUCCUUGAGCCCUUUGUUCUUUUAUCUGAAUUCCUUCCCUCUUUGUCUGAUUAUCCAACCACUGUUACAGUUCACUUUAAAAUUUGACAUAUCAAACCAGAAUUGAAACCUGUUAUUUAUGAUUUUCUUUCUAUUUUCUUUUCCUAAAGCACGUCUGAUGCAUGUCCACUGAUGUGGGCUCUUUUUUCUUCUUUUUCAGUUGACUGUGCAUUGCAGGCAAAAAUACCAGCACCAAAUCUGACCCAAUCUUAUCACCUGGUCACUAAGUGCUAACCAUAACUAAAAAAAAAAACUGUUUACAAAAGAGAGAAGGCUCUAAAAAAAAAAAAACAAAAGCAAAAGGGCUUUUUCCCCAACUGUACCUGCGUUUGUUAAUCAGUUUUUAGAUGCACUUUGAGCAUCAUGAGAUGUGCAAUAGAUUUACACUCUCCUUGAUUUGUUGAAACAAUCUUUUUGCAAUGGUUAGCUGCGAUAAUAAUGGUUUCUUGUGCUGAAAGCAGACUUUUUAAUUCUAAAGAUCUGGAUUUGGUAUGUCUGUAACGAUUAUUUGCACAAUGUGAUUGCAGUUACACACUUAGUUAAAUGAAUCAAUAGCUUUUUUUAUGUUUGAAUCUUUUUUGUGCUUAGGAAUAAUUCUGUGUGGCCUUUUUAAUUUAUCGAUUAAUAAGGAUAUACCUCUAAUGUAUCUCGGACUAUACUUGAAUGUCUCCGUUUUAACACACUGAGACAGCCAAAGCUUAGUUUCCUGUGCUGCAGUUGUUCACCAUCAUGAGUGGUGAUUUUUAAGUGUGUUUUCCAUAUUUGUUAAGUUUUAAUAUGGUCUUUUUAUCUUCAUGAAAUUAAAGAGAAUGUACUGUAUGUGUACACUUCAGCUUUUCUUAGCGUAUCACUGUAAUGCCAAGUGCUAAAAGUUAAGUGUACAACUACAGAUCAACCUUGAAUAAAGUUUAACAGAUCA